AUGAGUGGGACUUACAAGUGUACAGCAAAAAACAAAGCAAACAAAACCAGUUCCUCAGCAACUCUGCGUGUUUAUGGUAAGUUCAGUUAUAAUGAUAUUGAUGACGAUGAUGAUGAUGAUGAUGAUGAUGAUGACGACGACGACGAUGAUGACGUUGAUAAUGACAAUGAUGAUGUUGAAGAUGAAGAAGAGAAAUAGGGAGAGAAGAAAUUAAGACAGAAAAAUGAACUUGUAAGUCCAUGGGCAAUAGUGACGGAGAAAAGGAAUAGCGCGAAGAGAAUUUAGGCAAACUCGGCCCAGUUGUAUAAAUGGCAGAUAACGCUAUCUAACGGUUAAAUAUUUAUUCGGUGAAUGAGUGAGAGUGAAAUAUAAAGCGUUAUCCACCAGAUAGAGUUUUAUCUUAUGGAUACUGUUAUCUACCCUUCGAUCGACCGGGGCCUGACCUUAAAAAAACGGGUGAUACCAAUGCUUAAUACUAAUGUCCUUGGAUCUUUAUGAUUCCAAACGCAAAGAACUGCGUAGAUUUGAGUAGGAAAGAAACGCCAAGGAAAGAGGACAGGUGAUGGCGCUAUAGAGAGUUGAUUGAUUCGAAAUACUUGACGAUGUGCAACGUACUUUCAAGCUAGAAAAAUCUGAAGAAGAGAAUUCCGAGACGGAGAGAUCCAGAAUCUCGGAAGAAAGCAAAAAGGAAGCGAGACGCAAAAGUCAAAAUUACACACGACACACAAUUGUAGUCUCUACAUUAAACAACAAAACUAAAACAGAGGAAACUACUUAAAGCGAAUACGCUUGUAUCCGUGACCGAAAUCGGAGGUCGAAUAGCGAUUAAGCAUUCGAAAGAAUUCCCUCGCACUCUCAAUUCUCUUAGAUCUCUCCAAAAAGUUGAUUUAUGGCUUUGUAACUCGUAAUGUGGCUCAGCCAAUGAGGAUGGAGAAUAUCACAGAGUUAAGAUUUAGGGAUUUACAAGCUGAAAACGCAUGAAAUAAAAUUUUUUUCUCAAGCUGGUCCAAGAAGCCGAGAGUCAAUCAAAUGGCGCAUAUCGCUUUUUUUUACGCGGGAGGAACUGCGUAUCGUGCUUUUUCACCCGUGAAGCGUAUGUUGUUCUUAUUUAUCACAUAAACUGCGAUGUUAUAUUGGGAUUUCCGGCCCAGAGAAAAACCGAAACAACACACGUGAAAAAAUAUCGUAUUUUUUCACGUGUGUUGAUAUAGCCAAUAGGCUGCUGAUACGUCACUCGCCUUUGGCGCCACUCGGUCAGGUUGAUGAAUGAAUGGCAAAGCGUUCACGAUUCUCGAUACAACUUGUUUGUCGGAGCUUUCUCGAAUUACGGCAGCUAAAACACUAAAAAAUCCGUAUCGCUAACAGACAGUAAAGUUCAAACUUUCCUAAAAGGCAAAGAAAACCAAUAUACUAAAAGAAAAACCGAAAGUUUCCUAUUCGGUGGCUUUAGUGUUAGCAUUUCUCUCGGCUGAGAAUGAAAAUCGACGACUGGAAGAUUUUCUACUAGCCGAUUUUGGCCGUUUACCUGAAAGACUUCUUCUGUCGGUAAGGACAAAGUCAAUAAAUGAGAAUUUUGUUAAUUGAAAAUUACGAGCAUUGUUGUUUUUGUAAUCGUGAUUCAACGCAUUUUUCCAUCUUGGGAGUUAGCGCCAACGCACUCUACGAUUGUUAUUCGGGGAUUGUCGAUUAAUUUAUAUUCAUUUAUAAAUGAAACCGGCUUUUCUUCUCAGUAAAGGGCUAUUGUGUUUAUAUGAUAAAAAAAAAUAAUACAUGGGUGCUUAUAGAUAUGGAAUUUCUCUUCUCGUGUUCAACUCGACAUCUCACUCAUUCCCUGCGCUCACUCGUGAGCUAUCGAGUUAAACACUCUAAGAGAAAUUACAUAUCUACGCGCGCCUAUGUAUUAUUCUCUAUUAAUCCUUCACCGGCAUAGUUUCCGUUCGUAACAUUAUAAAAAUCGGCUUUCAGGACUGUUUAUUAAAUCAAAUUACUUACAAAAGAUGACUGAGGAACCUCUGUGGAGAAUUAUGCGGAAUAGAAAGCAUACAGAGCAAAAACACAAAAGAGAUAACAGCGAGUCGGUUUGUACAAGAAAUCUCAUUGGUUCGCUGCGCACACCCAUUCGAUUUCCGAUACUACCAACUCGCGCGUUAAAUACCAUACGGACAGACUUUCCAUGAAGUAUUCUCUGUCGAUUGAAUUGUCAUAACAGCUCUUGGUUCUAGUUCCGUCUAUGAUAUCCACAAUUUUUCAAUGGAAAUUUAACAGUGUCAGCUUGAAAAAAUGUUGUAAGUCCACUCGAGAAAAUGUAGUAAGUCCACUCUCCUCAGGAAGUGAUAGAAAACCACCUCAUGAAGUUGUUGUAGUACUUUAGAAUUUAAACGGACGAUCAUCUACUUGAAAUCAGACCCGCUACCGCAGUGCUUGAAAAGAAAAAACUUCGUGUUGCAUGACUCACUUGUUGUGUCCAUUUGACACAAGGGUAUAGAAGAAAGAACAAGAGAAGAUGGAACAUUACCGAGACCUUAAUUUAGAAGUUCAGCGGAGGAUCUGGGGCGGUUGAAACAGUAAUCAGGAAAUUUAAAACAUAAAGGUUUCAAGCUUGUUCUGAAAAUCUUACGAAAACCUUACGAAACUCACAAGGAAAUACUUUUUUUCUUUUUUUUUUUCAUCUAAAGCAACAUAUUCGAAACAUUAUGCAGAAGGUCACAUUUGAUUCGUUUCGUUUCAAUGUUUGUGUUUGUGUUUGUUUUUUGGUGUGUUUAUAAUGUAGUUGUAGUUUUAAUGAGAAACCAGCAUACUAAUGAAUUGCCCCUUUUUCAACGCAGGAAAAGCCUCUGCUCUACUUUUUCCAGAGAAAUACAUAACACUCACAAAAGGAGAUACCCUCAAAUUGAUCUGCAUAGUCAACGAAGAAACAAUCAACAUUAUGUGGAAAAAAGAUGGAGACCUAAUAACAGAAAAAGCAGCUAUAGAGACACGAUUAGAUGAGGAAAAUAGUAAACUUGAUAUUACUGAGGUUGUGGAAGAGGACAGUGGUAAAUAUUCUUGUGAAGCACGUAACAAGCUAAGAAAUGUGGCUCGCUCUGUUGUGACAGUAAAUGUCAAAGGUAAGCUG